CCAUUAUAGACUGGUCUAGAAAGGAGGUUGCAUUCACUUAUUCGUCCCCCAGCCCAGCGCUGAGCUGAGCUGAGUGAGCCCCGCGAAAUCAUGUAGAGUCAUCUUCCUAGAAAAUAGAUCUCCCUCUGAUCAUCCACUUCUGCUCUACUCUGCACAGUAGACACAAAAAUGGACCUCCCCAAAGGCCUCGUGACCACAUCCACCAGAAUCCCCUCCCACCUCGAAGAUCCCAAUGUGAUAGACGCCCUUGGUAUCGCACGGCUAUGGAAAGUCUAUCACACAAACCCCGCAGUCCACAAUAACGACUCAGGUCACCGCCUGGAGAACUUUUUCUGGAGAGUCUGGGGCAACGAGCGUCUGCGGUGUUCAUUGCGAGGAGAGACGUUGGCCACGCUGUUUGUCAAUAUUGCUGAGUCGCAAGCGCAGAAACUCUCGUCUUCUUCUAUUGUGAAGCUAAAGCCGUUGGGAAAGUCAGCGCCCAACUCCCGCCAACACCACCAACUGAGGAAAAUGAGUCCGACAACAUAUCCAGAAAUCACAAUUCGAGGUCGAAUUCAGAUCCAAUUCCAAAUGAAAAUACAAAUACCCGCAAUUCACUCCCACCUAUUCUCAAAAAGCCAAAAUCAGUAAACGGCAACGAAUCUUCUCAGAAAAAAGCACGGUUACUUCUCACCGGCAUUGGUGGCCAGCAUGUCACCCGCAAGCCAUCUAACCCGUUGACACCAAUCUCUCCUCCGCCGUUUGCCGCUGUU